CAGCGAGCCAGUCACCUUGGCAACCGGACGUGACGAUCCCGGAAGCGGCUGACUGAGCUUUGCCCGGCUGGCGGCUUCGGUGGGCGGGGUCGGCCGAGCCCUUCUGGCACGGUCUUCUCCACGGACCCGGCACUGCUAGGGGCGGUGCCAGUAAGGCCACGCCUUCCGUGUUGACUCCGGAUGGCUCUGGAGCGAUGUCGUAGGACCGCGGGGGCGGAGACUCGGGCCGCUCCUCUCUGAGGCUAGGGCCGGAGCGGCGUCGUCAGGCGCUUUGAUUCUUCCGGUUUCUGGUGGCUGCGUCGCCUCUUUCCAAAGGCUGGGGCUACGCCCUCUCUAGACCCUGCUGUCGCCCUCCUUUCAGCAUCGAACCUGAGUUGCUCCGGGACACCUCCAGCCCAACAUUCUCUCGCUCAGGUUCUCGCCCUUUGGAGGACCUCGGCCCCCCAUUGCCCACUUUCCUGGAUGUGCUGGCCCCUCCCACCCCUCUAAAAUGUCCAAUAAUCUACAGAGGGUCUUCCUGAAACCCGCAGAGGAAAAGUCAGGCAACGCCUCGCAGUGUGUUUCAGGCUGCAUGUACCAAGUAGUUCAGACGAUUGGCUCGGAUGGAAAAAAUCUUCUGCAAUUACUUCCAAUUCCUAAUUCUUCUGGAAAUCUUAUACCGCUAGUUCAAUCUUCAGUCAUGUCUGAUGCUUUGAAAGGGAAUACAGGAAGCCCAGUUCAAGUUACUUUUCAGACUCAGAUUUCCAGCUCUUCCACAAGUGCAUCAGUUCAAUUGCCCAUUUUUCAGCCAGCCAGUUCUUCAAACUAUUUUCUUACAAGAACAGUAGAUACAGCAGAAAAAGUUAGAGUUACUUCUGUGGGAACUGAACAUUUUACCUCAUCAGUUUCUAAAGUUCAGAGUCAUGGUGUGAAAAUUGAUGGACUCACCAUGCAAACAUUUGCUGUUUCUCCCUCCUCAACACAAAAUGAUUCACCUUAUAUUUUAGUAAAUACUCAGAGUCUUCCAAUGACUGUGAAGUCUCCAGUUUUGCCUUCUGGGCAUCAUUUACAGAUUCCUGCCCAUGCUGAAGUGAAAUCUGUACCAGCGUCUUCAUUGCCUCCUUCAGUUCAGCAAAAGAUACUUGCAACUGCAACCACAAGUACCUCAGGAACAGUUGAGGCCUCCCAAAUACCAACCGUUAUUUACGUAUCUCCUGUAAAUACAGUGAAAAAUGUAGUUACCAAGAACUUUCAAAACAUUUACCCAAAACCUGUUACAGAAAUAGCAAAGCCAGUGAUACUAAAUACCACACAAAUUCCAAUGAAUGUUGCUAAAGAGACACAAUUAAAAGGUGGUCAGCAUUCUCAAGCUGCUCCUGUGAAAUGGAUUUUUCAAGAAAAUCUACAGCCUUGCACUCCAUCUCUUGUUCCUGUUAAGUCUUCAAAUAAUGUGGCUUCAAAGAUUUUAAAAACUUUUGUAGAUAGGAAAAGUUUGGGAGAUAAUACUAUAAAUAUGCCAUCAUUGAGUACUGUCAGUCCUAGUGGGACACAAUCCAAAAGUAUGCCUAUUAAAGAUAAUGCCUUGGUUAUGUUUAAUGGGAAAGUCUAUCUAUUGGCUAAAAAGGGGACAGAUGUUUUGCCAUCACAAAUUGACCAACAGAAUUCUGUUUCUCCUGAUAUUCCACCAAGAAAAGAUACAUCACAAAUAGUGAGUUCGAGUCCAGUCACAGAAAUAUCCAGAGAGGUUGUAAAUAUUGUUUUGGCUAAAAGUAAAUCUUACCAGAUGGAGACAAAAUCACUUUCAAAUACUCAGCCUGCUUCCAUGAUCAAUCUAAGGGCAGAGAAGAAUAAAAAAGUGGAGAAACCAUCUCUUUCUACCCCAAACCCACAUAAUAUGAAUCAAUCCAUUAACUACUUAAAACAGAGUAAGACUUUAUUCACAAAGCCAGACUUUCCAGAUGGAUUUAGUGCAGUACAAAAUGCCCCCAGAAAAGGAAAUAUCAUCCAGAGCAUAGAGAAAAUAAGUUCCUCUGUUGAUGCAACAACUUUUACUUCACAACAGUGUGUUUUCAGAGACCAAGAACCAAAGAUCCAGAAUGAGAUGGCAUCAACAUUAGAAAAAGUUACUCAAGAAAGAAAUGACAAGAACCAUUCCCAAGGAGGAAGCAAUAAGGCAUCAUAUCUGAAGAAUGAUGCAGAAUUUAAAAAGAUAUUUGGUCUCACUAAAGAUUUGAGAGUGUGCCUUACUCGGAUUCCUGAUCAUUUGGGCUCUGGAGAAGGUUUUGAUUCCUUUAGCAGUUUGGUGAAGAGUGAUACUUACAAAGAGACUGAGUUGAUAGUGAAGGAAGAAAAGAAAAAACAGGGUUUUGAUAAGAAAAGAAAAGCAAAAACCGUUAAGAAGAUGGAUCACACAAAGAAGAGAAAAACUGAGAGUGUUUAUAACACAGCUAUAAAUGGAGGAACUAAUGUCAACAAUUCCCAACUCGUCAACAGUAUUUUACCAACUUCAGAUGUAUCACGCCAUAACAUUCUCACAAGCCGCAACAAAACCAGAGAAGAAAAGAGAACUGAGGUUGAACGCUAUACCCCUGAGAACCAGGAAAAAGGCACAUUGAGUUCAAAUGCAGCUUUUGAACAAAGUCAUUCUUUUAAUAAAAAUUAUACUGAAGAUAUUUUCCCCAUGACACCACCAGAGUUAGAAGAAACCAUUCGAGAUGAAAAAAUAAGAAGACUUAAGCAGGUGCUGAGAGAGAAAGAAGCAGCUCUUGAAGAAAUGCGUAAGAAGAUGCACCAAAAAUAAUAAAAUGUUGCUAUACUUAAAGACUGCA